UGCUGAGCGGUCUCCAUGGUGACUGACCGACUGACCGUUGAGAGUCUGAGAGGAGAUUAGUGCAGUGUACGGUAGUUAAGUUAGUUAGUUAGUUAGUGAGUGAUUACUCAUCAUGGCCAAAAGUGACGGUGGCUCGUAUUUCAGGAGAACCAGUCUGUUCUGGAUGGUGGUCGUGUCGGUUUAUAUUAUUCUUCACACGUGGACUGCGUUUUGGCCUCGGGACGUCCCGUAUGGCCUUCUGGGUCCUCUCAGCGCUCUGGCCAAGUAUUUCGUGGACUAUCAUUAUCCUGCGCUGUAUAACGGAUGGUUUCUGAUGUUUGCCAUCCAUGUGUGCGAGGCUCUGUUUGUGUUGAAGUUCUGCAGUGAUAAAGGCAUCGACAGCACGUCCACACGCUUGCUGUGGUUCGCUCAGACGUUCCUGUUUGGUCUCACGUCUCUGUGUCUUCUGGUGAAAUACAAGCCCGACGGCCGACCCAAACGCCAGUGACCGAAACCAGAGCUCGUUUCCCAG